UCCUUGUUGCGAGCUCUUUGGUUGCGAGUCCCAUUCUGAGAAGUGGCUCUGGUGGUACCGGUUGUCCUGAGGGAGGAGGUUCACGCCUUUUGGACUCCAGAAUUAAAGAAAUCACUUAAUACAAAUCUUCUUUAGCCUCAACAAUUGAGAGAGAGAAGAAGGAAAAAAAAAUCACCAGUUGGGUGGCGUUUCCAAGACGUCCCAGAAACGCCGCGGAGAGUGAAGAGAUAUUUUGACGGAAGCUGUAUCUUCUGCUUGGAAGACUUGGCAAGGGUGCUUGCUGAGCUCUCGCUUUAAUUAGUCAAAUUCGUUGACUACCUACCUACUUUAAAGAAACAACAAACGGAGAUGGCUAAAAAGCAAAAUCAAAAAGAUCCCACUGGAGUUGUGUUUGACACGCGAUCCAAAGCUGUGAUGGCCCAGGGAGGAUCCAAUGACAAUAUAAAAGAAAAGAUUACUGCCGUUCGUGCAAUAGUUCCUAACAGGAGUAACAAUGAGAUCAUCCUAGUGUUGCAACAUUAUGACAAUUGUGUAGACAAGGCCGUACAAGCUUUUAUGGAAGGUUCUGCCACAGAGAUACUAAAAGAAUGGAGCGUAACAGGAAAAAAGAAGCCCAAGAAGAAGAAGAUUAAACCAAAGCCAAAAGUUGAAGCAGAACCAGAGCAAUUGCUGUCAGAAAAAAGUACAGCUAAUGGCGGUGAACUGUCCGCAGCUUCUUCUGAGAAGGAGGAAAUAAACGGUUAUCACCUCAAUGGGUCUGUAAACGACGAUGAGUCGGUGGAUUCUCUCACUGAACACCUGGAGACCCUUUCCGUGGAUGCCCAAGAGCUGGAAGAUUCCGAAUCAUUGACUCCUGAAAUAGAUGAACCUGCAGUAGAAAAUGAAAAGUGUAAAUCUGAAUCCAAGCACCAGCCUAGUCAACAAUUCCACCAUAGUGCCCAUUCUUCAAGAAUACAGCAACAAAGACAUGCAGCCAAGCCCAGAUCACGAGCUUCUUCGGGUUCACAGUCCUCUGCCUCUCUUUCCUUAGUCAUGCCAGAUGAUGGUGCAUUUGUUUCAUCUAAAAAUAAAAAAAUAGGUACUAACAUAGAAAAGUCGGCAAAAGACUUGCAGCGAUGUACUGUGUCUCUAGCCAGAUAUCGGCCACUUAUUAAGGAGGAAAUGGACGUUUCUAUAAAGAAGAUGAAGGUGGCAUUUGCUGAAAUACAGAACUGUUUUAUGGACAGGGAGGUGGCGCUUUUGGGAGAAAUGGACAAAGUCAAAGCAGCAGCAUUUGAAAUUCUGGACAGCCGCCAGAAGAAAGCUGAAACAUUGAAGAGAAUGACAGACAAUGCCGUCCGUAUGUCGGAGGAACAACUAGUGGAGCUUCGAGCUGAUAUUAAGCACUUUGUUAGUGAACGGAAAUAUGAUGAAGACCUGGGCCGAUGCGCACAGUUUACCUGUGAUGUGGAAGAACUGAAAGCGAGUAUCCAAGCCUUUGGACAAGUGUCUCAUCCCAGGAACAAUUACUCUGCCAGAUCAAGGUGUGGCUCUGUGUCAUCCAUGUCGGUGACAACCCGGAGCGAUGCAUCAGCACCAACUACUCCUGACUGUGCAACAGACCCUUCCUUUACUAAGCCAGGGAAGAAGAGCCAGUCUUCAGGAGAUGUUUCCACUGCCACAACAAACUAUGGAAACCGAACUUUCCAAUCAAACCGAUCGGUGCCCCAAGGUAACAGGAGAUCUGGUUACCGAUCUCGAGAGAAUGGGAUAAGUGGCCAAAGCCAUUUUGGAAGAAAUGAUGAUAGGAAUCGGUACCGCAAUGGACCCAGGAAUUACUCCAAAACUCCCAGCAACCCUCAUCCCACACCUCAGAGCUUCACCACCGAGAAGACCCAAGUGCAUUCUACUGCUCCCAAUGGCACAGCUACAGCUUCUGCCUCCAGGCAGCCCUCUUUACUUUCUGCUCCUGCCAAUGCCCUUCCUCAACGUAGGCCAAGAUCAGAUGGAAAUGAAGCUCCUGUCAACUCCUGAAAAAUUCCGACAUCCAGCAACAACAACGCCAUCCAGCUAGAUGUGAUUAAGCCCCAAAAUGAGUUUACAUUCACUUUGUUUUUGUCAUCUUUGAUUUGUCUAAUGACUUUUUUUUUUAAUUUCUGGAUUAACCUUUCCAAAUGUUCUUUUUUUUUUUAAUUGAUAGUGUCUCUAUGUUGUUAAUCUCUUCUGGAAGAGGGAGCAGCACUUAGCUGUACCCAAGAUACGUUCUUUAAACGUUGUUGCUUAAUCUGUCAUGGCUAAAUCAGUUAGCAGAAAUCACUAUGCACCUCUCUGUUCAGAAUGAAAGUGCCUUGGAUCUUUAAUAUGUCACAACCACUUAGUUUUUUUUAGACUACACUUAGAAAAUAAAACAAGGGACCAAAGAACUUCAAACUUUGCUGCCAUUAGGUCUACUAGAGAUUGUUGAUGAAUUGUAGCAGGGCACGUGAUUGUUUUAUCUGAAUUUUUGAUAAUGGCUGUGUAUUUGGAUAGAACCGUUUAGUGAACAUUUUCAACUGUGUAUUUUAUGUGCUGGGGCCAACAUGCCACAGGAUACCAGAUCAACAUUGCUUCCUCUUCACAUCAGGAUUCACUCUUGACUGCAGACAGAUGUAAACUCAUUUCCAUUCACAGUGACGUUGUAGUCUAAAGCUGAAUUCUGAGCCAUGAAGCAGAGUGUGGCACAAUGAGGGAACUUCCACCUUUUGGGGGCAGUUCCAGCCAUGACUUCAAAUUAUUAUCCUGCUAGUGUGGUGUAGAUGUGAAGCCAAACAUACUUUCCACUGCUAUUGAAAAUGUGUGAACACAUAAGAAUGAUAGAAAGUUUUAGUUGUAUCUGUGCUGUUGAAUUAACUUGUAUUGGCUGCAUGGUGUUUCUGUAUAGGAAUAGACAUUCACUUGGCUCUGAAUAGAGUAAACUCACUUUUGCCACUGUGCAUCUGAAGUGAUCCACAAUUUCCUUCUAAAGUGUACUGUCAAGGUAGCAGGAGUGUGUGGUGCUGCUCAAUGUUUAACACACAACCUUUGGAGAAUAAUCUGCUGCAGGUCUCAACAUGCCCUUGAUCCACUAAGUCCCAGGUGAGAGGGGAAUCUGAUCACAGGUGACAUCAUCUCUACAGAAGUUUAAAUUCCAAACUCUAUUACCCAAAAAGAACAAAUUGGAAAAAUCUGUUAGCAACCUUGUGAAUGGAUGGACUUGGAGCAUACACUAAUCAUAUUUCAUCUGUAGAAUUUUUGUUCUGCUUAAAAAAAAAACUUAAAAAAAACCCCCUAUUUUCCCAAACAGGUGAAUUCUGGCUUGAUCACUAUGAUCUGCUUCAUUUUAUUCAUGAAUGGCGAUUAGGACUGUGCCCAUUGUAUGCCUGUAAUGCUGAUUCUCUAAUUGAAGUUGUAAAAUGAAGUGCACAGAUCAACUAGAGCCUUUUAAAUCAAGAACUAUGUUAAAAUGCAGUAUCUUCCAAAUUGAGUUGGUGUCUUUUUUUUGUUUCUUCAGACUAGUGAUGCUGAUUUUUGAAUAUUGACAGUUUUUAUGUUUUCAAAUUUAGUUUGUAUCAAAUGCUCCCAGCCUUUGCUUGUAUACUUUUCUGUUGUUAUGAUCAUUACAAAAAAAUGAUGAGAGGCUAGACAGCCUUUCAGGGUCAUAGAUAAACCACUUAGAUUACUCCUUAAGCCUUGGUGCCAAACCCCAUAUCCCUUUCAUUCUCCAAAGAAUCAAGUAUCAUUUAUUUUGCUGAAGAUUUCAUCCAUGUUCACUUUUAGUGCCCUGGGUGGAAGCUAUUGUGAAGUGUGAAUCAGCUCGCUGAAGUGUGAUUAUUGUGAUUAACCCCUCCAUUUGAUGUUGAGGCAAGGGAUCAUGUCACAGAUUCAAUGGGAACAUUUUGUUUCUGGUAUUUCAGCAAUGUAAUGUUGUUGGCCCAGGACCUGACCAAUAAUUGAAAGAUAAGUUGGUGCUUAGUGGGAAUAAUUAAAAUGAAACUGAUUCCAAUUUGCAUGUUUGAAUUUGAAUCUUCCAAUUGAUGGCAUGCUGGUACAUUAUGGCUGCAUUUCAGGCAGCAGAAUUGCUGCUCCCUCUUAGUGCCAGUCUCUUUUUGACAUAUGUCAUGUAUUUAAAAUUUAGUUGAUGAAUAAAGAAGCUGUAUUCUAAA